GGUAGUACGAAAGCGAAGACGAAGAGAUUGGAGGAGGAGAUGCUGAGAUUUCAAAAGGAGAAGAUGAUGUUGCUAGAGAGAGAGGAGGAAAGGAGGGCUGCAGAGGAAGAAGCAGCAGCAGAGGAGGAGGAAGAAGAAGAAGAAGAGCCCCUUGAAAGAAGACGUGGAGAAGAGAGUGGGGAAGCAAGUGGCACGAAGGAGGAGGACAGAUGGAGGGAGAAGAAGAUUGGUGAAUGGGUGGCUAACUUAUCUUUGGGAGAAGAUGAAGAGGCACAGUUAUAUGUGUCGCAGGAGGAGAGGGAGGCGUUUGUCAGGGCCCUGGAGCUGAUAGAGGAUCCCCUGGAACGCCAGGCGACAGACGAUGAGAAAACGUUGGAGUGGAAGUUGAAGAUGAUGAGAGAAAAAAAGAGGAGGGAGGAAGCCAGUAGAAUAGCCGGGGAGGUUGAGCGAGUGCGAACCGGCAGGCAGGAGUUGCAGGCCCAAAUAGAGGUCUCUGCCAAGCUAGGCAAGAUGAUGAGCUUCCUGGAAGUCUUGAGUGAGGCCUGGCUAGAGGAGCACCAGGCCCACGGAGAUGGCAUUAGGCCUGAGGACAAUAAGAUAGCGGCGAUUAGAGAUUGGACGACGCCCCGCACGUUGAUAGAGUUGCGAUCGUUCCUAGGCCUAGCCAACUACUAUAGAAAGUUCGUGAGGAACUUCUCUACUAUUGCCGUUCCCCUUCACAGGUUGCUCAAGAAAAAGGCAAUCUGGCAGUGGGAUAAAGAUUGUACGUCUGCGCUAAAGAAGUUAAAGCGCGCAUUGAUAGAGUACCCUGUCCUCAAGGUAGCAGAUCCGUCCUUGCCAUUUGUCGUCACCACGGACGCAAGCCAGUAUGGGAUAGGCGUCGUGUUACAGCAAGACGAUCGCAAUGGCUAUAGACCUGUAGAGUUCAUAUCAGCGAGGAUGCCCUCAGAGAAGGUUGCUACCUCGACGUACGAGAGAGAACUCUACGCUCUCAGGCAGGCUUUAGAGCACUGGAAGCAUUACCUACUUGGGAGGCACUUCAAAGUGUACUCCGACCAUGAGACUCUUCGAUGGUUGAAGACACAGGCCAAGGUCACACCUAAGUUGACUAGUUGGGCCGCUGAGAUAGACCAAUAUGACUUCGAGCUCAAGCCUGUGAAAGGCAAGUACAAUGUAGUUGCGGAUGCUCUGAGUAGGAGGUCAAACUACUUUGGAGCCAUAGUUCACUAUCUGGACAUAGGGCGUGACCUGCAAGAGAAAGUCUAACAGGCGUAUGCGCAGGACCCUAUCUAUAGUGACCUCCUCAAGAAGGUUAAGGAGGCCCCAGAGACCGAGUCAGAUUACCGCACUACAAAGGGGUUAUUAUUUGAGAAGACUAAUGUCGUAGAUCGCCUGUGCGUCCCCAACAGUGAGGAGAUCCGUAGUUUGAUCUUAGGGGAAUGUCACGAUACAGAGGGACAUUUCGGUUGGCAGAAGACUUAAGCCAAUAUUACGCACGCGUACACAUGGCCAGGAAUGAAAAACGACUGCAUAG